AUGGAGCCCAACGUCGAGUAUCUUGACGCCAGUUCCAACAAGACAGGACGCGCCAUCAACUUCAACGAGGGAGAGUCGCCCGACGUCUUCUUUGACGAGCCAGAGGAGACCUUCGACACCGAGAUCCGCGAAAAGAGCGAUGACGAGGGUAGUACCUCAACCGCAAGCAACCUCGACCUCCCGUCUCCCGUUCCAGCAGACUCGUACACUGCCAAACCCACAGCUCUCGAGAAGCAUGACCCGUUCGCUUCCCUUGCUCUCGCCAUCGACAGCCCCGUUUCAGACAAGGGACCAUUCCCAUUCAUGAACCUCCCCAUCUCCGUUCGCAACAUCAUCUACUCGCACCUCCUCGUCGUUCCCGGCCUGAUAUGCGUCCGUCAAAAGCACACCGUGUUCCACGACGAGAAGAAAGCUUUCCUUCAUGCCGAGCGCCGCGAGUUACUCCCCGGUAUCGCGUACGCGCUCGUCCACCUCCACGUCGACGGCCACAAAACCCGCUUCUCGCUCGUCGGCCGCACCAACAUCAACAUCCUCCAUGCGAACAAGGAGAUCUUCGCCGAGGCCAAAGCCGUACUGUACGGUAAAAACAUGUUCGAGGUCGUUAGACCGACGAACGAACUCUGCCCGCCACCCGACUACAGCGUGAGGCUGUUUCCCACUGGAUGUCAGCGUCUCGUCACCAAGCUCAACAUCAAGAUCCGUUCUUUCUACGAUCUACACUGGUUGUUAAGCGGUGGAUACAACGUCAUGAAGAACUACUACCGCGGUCUUGUCUCCCUCACUCUUAUUCUGGAAAUGGACUCGACUAGCAAAGGCUUCGGGAAGACGUGGACUAGGAAUGGUGCUGAAGAGAAGUGGGCGGACUAUGUCCAGCGCCUGCGCGGUGAGAUGGCGAAAGAGCUGUUCAAGAAGAUGAAGGUCAAGGGUACGGACACGAAGAUCGUUCCGGUCUGGAUGAACUUGCGCGUUCUGUUCUCGGGCGAAGCAUACGACGGCAGUUUGGCUGCUGUUGGUGAUACUGGUGAUGAGCAGCGAGCGAAGCAGGAUGAGACUAAGCAAGGCUUGGUCGAGGCAUGGGAGUUGUUCAAGAAAGGUGGGAAGUAG